GGAGCAAAAAAUAAUAUUCGAUAAAAUCGCGAGAGUUUCCAACCCAUAAUCUAUGGAACAUAAUAAAAACCACAAAACACCAAUUUAUAUGAAAAGUAAAAACUUUAAAAACCAUUUAAAUACAUGAAUUAUGGUCGAUUUGAAACAAAUAAGGACUGCAUUUCUUAUUAUUUAUAUCUAUUUAUAUGCAAGUUCAGUACAGGGACAGAUUGAAUCAGAAUGGUCCAGAAAAUCCCACACAAAUAAUUGGGCUGUGCUAGUGGAUACAAGUAGAUUUUGGUUCAACUAUCGACAUGUAGCUAAUGUUUUAUCCAUUUAUCGAAGUGUGAAACGCCUGGGAAUUCCAGAUAGCCAAAUUAUAUUAAUGAUUGCUGAUGAUAUGCCUUGUAAUCCUAGAAAUCCGAGACCUGCUACAGUAUUCAACAAUGCUAAUCAACAUAUUAAUGUAUAUGGAGAUGAUGUAGAAGUAGAUUAUAGGGGAUAUGAAGUCACAGUUGAAAACUUUGUCCGUUUGCUCACUGGAAGAUUGCCUCCUGGAACCCCUCGGUCAAAACAAUUACUUACAGAUGAAGGUAGUAAUAUCUUAAUUUAUCUAACAGGUCAUGGUGGAGAUGGAUUCUUGAAGUUCCAAGAUUCUGAAGAAAUUACUAGUCAAGAAAUGGCAGAUGCACUGGAACAAAUGUGGCAAAAACAAAGGUACAAUGAAAUUUUUUUCAUGUUGGAUACUUGCCAAGCUGCUUCUAUGUAUGAACGAUUCUAUUCUCCAAAUAUUUUAGCAGUCGGUAGUAGUUUAGUUGGAGAAGAUUCAUUAUCGCAUCACGUUGAUCCAGCAAUAGGGGUAUAUAUCAUUGACAGAUAUACAUAUUAUGCAUUAGCUUUUCUGGAAAAUAUUGAUGCUGAUAGCAAGAGAUCAAUGGCUGAAUUUUUGAAAGUAUGUACCAAGAAAGAAUGUAUGUCAACUGUUGGUGUUAGAAGAGAUCUUUUCAAGAGAAAUCCAAAAGAUGUGCCAAUAACUGAUUUCUUUGGAUCAGUGAGACCUGUUGAAGUUAUAGAUAUGAUUCAAGUUGAACUCGUUCAGAAACAUAUGAAGAACUUAACUUCAAUACCAAAAAAGUCAAAUAAAAAAUAUAGAUACAUACCACCUUUAAUUAGUUUUGAACAAUUCAUUAAAUAAAUAGAAAUAUCAGUAA